ACAUACACACAAAUAUAAAUAUAUACUUAUAUGUAAACUGUUUAUAAUUAGCAAUUUUUACGACGAAAAACUAUUAAAUAAUGCAAUUUUUUGCAUUUUAAGAAGUCAAAAUAAAACAAAGUUCAUCCAUAUACGAGGAGAGAAGAAACAACGCAGAUAAAGCUCCAAACUAGACGAAACGCGGAAGCAGAUACAACAUACGACUGUCAAGGAGAAAGAAUUGUGCCAAAAACAACAAAAGCAAUUUAAAUUAAAUACAUUAAGUAGUUGAUAUCAAAAGAGAAACUGACUGCAAAAUGGGGAACGCAGGCAGUUCCACCGUCCAAAUGCAAAACCGCCAGAAAUCCAACAGUCACGACAUCUCCACACCAAGUUCUCCCGCACAUUUUCGCGGUGGUGGUGGUGGGGGUGGUGUGAGUGGGGGGAGUGCUGCAACGGGUGGACCAGCUGUGGGUGGCAUGGGUGCUGUAACUGGCCAAGCUUUCUCAUUCGAUAAAAAGCAUACGGCAGUUUUAAACGAGGGCUCGUCUCAAGAAGACGAAGACCACCCUUAUUAUACGGGAGUGGGUGGAAGUGGAGUGGCCAGUAAACAGCGCUCAGCUGAUAGCAGCAGCGAAGCAACAGCUGGGCUACGCAGUAGCAAUAGUGGAGACGACAACGACAGCACAACGAUGGAGAAUAACGACGAUGAAACACAGCAGCAAUCCGUUGCUUCCCUGAUAGCUGGUGAUGAGGAUACAGAACCAAUUAAAACAGCGUUACCAACAGUUCUACGAUGGGAUGGCGGCGGUAAAAAUGUCACCAUUUCGGGCACCUUCUCCAACUGGAGGCCAAUCACAAUGGUCCGCAGUCAUGGAAAUUUUGUGACUAUUGUCGAUCUUCCAGAAGGUGACCAUCAAUAUAAGUUUUGUGUUGAUGGCGAUUGGAAACACGAUCCCAAAUUGAAAACCGUCGACAACGAGGAGGGUGAGAAAAAUAAUUUGGUCUCCGUGAGAGCAUCAGAUUUCGAAGUUUUCCAAGCUUUAGCCAAAGAUAGCGAGAAUGUGACUAAUUUCGCAGAGAAGGAGUAUUCCCAGGAAGUGCCUCAGGUUAAGCCCUGGGAAAAGGUAUCUGGACCGCCGGUAUUACCGCCUCAUUUGCUUCAGGUCAUAUUAAACAAGGACACACCACUUUCGUGUGAGCCUACUCUUUUGCCAGAGCCAAAUCAUGUCAUGUUGAACCAUUUGUAUGCCUUGUCCAUCAAGGAUGGAGUCAUGGUUUUAAGUGCCACGCAUCGUUACCGCAAGAAAUAUGUAACCACAUUGCUCUACAAGCCAAUAUAAGCUUUAAAGUGGUCAUUUAUUUGUAUUUUUACUCUAAACCCCUUUACACCCUUUCCUUUUUUUGUUUUCGAAAAAUCUUUAAAGAGUUGAAUAGAAAUAGGAUUUCGCUUCUUUAUAAUCUUUUAUUCGUGUAUAACUGUUUUUCAAGCGUUGUAAUAUUUUGAUAUUAGUUAAAUAUACUGAAUUCUAAAAAAAUA